AGGAGCUUCACUGCCUCAGGUCCAGUUGGAGGUUCUGUCCCGUGAGUCCAUGGAGAGGCACGCUCAUGCACACUUCCAGCGAGGUCACCUGGCCCAGGAGAAGCACCAGAUGCUGGACCUGAACCGACGCCUGGAGAGCUACCUGGGCCGGGUAAAAUCCCUGGAGGAGGAGAACGCGCUGCUCGCCCAGGAGAUCCGAGCCCUGCGGCGCGGCAAUGACGGCGCCUCGGCGAGGAAGAAGAACAUGGAGAAAGAACUCUGUGAGGCCAGAGUGGCGCUCGACGCGGCUUGGAGGGACCGAGUCUGCACGGAGAUAGAGGUCCGCAAGCUGAGCGAGGAGUUGCAGGUUUUGGACUGGCACUGGCAGCAGGAGGCUCAGGCCCAUGUAGAAGCCAAGACCAAGGUGGAGGUGAGCAGGAAGGAGCUGGAGGAGGAGCACAGAGCUCAGAGGUGGCUCAGGGAGAAGAUCGGCCAGCUGGAGGAUGAAAUGAGCCUCCUGGUUCAGACCCAUCAGCAGGACGUGGCCCACUUGGAAGCGACCCUGACCCAUUCCACGGCGUCGGUGCCGACCCGCUUCGCUCAGAGGGGCAACGCGACUUCUGACCUCCACCAGCUGGAGCAGGAGCUCCACCACAGGGCCACCAGAGCCUGGCAGGAGAUGGCGGAGGCCUACCAGGCCCAGUUGGUUGGGCUGGAGGAGUCUCUGAACCAGAAUCAAGCCCGCUUGAGCCAAGCGGACCGGGAAAAGAGCGAGAACCAGGCGAAGCUGCGAGCGCUGGAGAGGGACAUGGUCUCUGCUCAAGACGUCAGGCUGCAUCUGGAGAGGAGUGCAGACCAGCAGCAGGAGGAACACAUGCAGAACAUCCACACACUGCAGGAGCACUGGGAGGGCCUGGAGAGGGAGAAGGAGGAUCUAGGUCAGCAGCUUGAUCUUCUCGUUGUGGAGAACCGAGGCCUGCUGCAGGAGAAGAUGUCUCUGAGCCUGGAGGUUGCCACCUACAGAGCUUUGCUGGACGGCGAGGGCCUUCAAAGAAACGACGUCGCUCUGCAGAAACAGUCCAGAAACAUUUAUUUUCAAGACGCACCGUUGAAGACUUUCCGAGAGAAUUAUCAGCCAUCUGUUCGCCGGAACACCGCUCCCCUCUCAUCACCUCUCCGCCGACAGCCAGCAACAUUUGAUACCACGACGCUCUUGAGGAGCACAACUAAAACCACCAGUGAACCUCAGACGGAAUCAAGGGAGCCUGAUGAUGAAGAUACAACUACGGCCAAACAAGAAAGCCCGUAUCCCAAAAUACUGCAGGAAGGAGCAGUGGAAGAGUUUAGAGCACAGGAAGUGGACGAGAAAGUGACCUACGCAGAGCCUCUUUCUCCUUCAGGAGAGGAGGAUGAAGAGGAGCAUCCUGAUGGAGACAUGUGUGAAGAUGAUGCUAUUGUUGUCGAGGAAAAAGCAGCUGUCAGCUUCCAGCUUCAGUCUUCACAGCCACCACUUUCUAAGGAGCUAAUUCAGAAACAAUCUCAGAGCCAGGAGAAGACAUCAGACUUUCUGGGAAUGACAAAGGACACAUUCAGUUCCUCAGCUGAAUGUGAUCAAAAACAGACAACUGAUGUUUCGAUUAAGACGUCUCCGGAGGAAGAGUGCGUGAGCAAAGAUGUGCAGGAGGAAACAGAGGCCUUAGUCCAAGCGACUCCAGAAUCCAAGAGAAUCCUCUCCUUUUCCCAGUGUGAGGAAGUAGAUAUGCCAAACAUCUCCAAGGAUCACACGGCUGAGAUCAGGCAGGAAAUAAUCUACUCCACCUUGGCGGAAGCAGUGGAUACAUUGUAUCCUGAUGGAGAAGAGAUGGAUACGUGGGACAGUGUGAUGAAGAAGAUUCAUGUUGAGUCAAAUGUUCCCAAACCGGAGGCAGAAGUAAAAACAGAAUAUGCAGAACCAGAGGAAGACAUCUCAACAAGAAGGUCUGAGCCAAGCAGAGAAGAGAUGAAGAAGCAAGACGACCACACGUCCAACAUUCAUGAUGAGCAUUCUCAAAGUUCCAACAACCAAGAGGAUGAAGAUGAAGACUCGCAAAAUGUCUCUGUGUCCUGGAGGACCGAGCUGGAGAGCGACAGCUAUGCUCAGGACAACACUCUGGCCGACACACGUCCUCUAAUUCGAUACAAGAGCGACGAGACGGAUGCCAACACUCAGGCGUCGCACAUGAACGAAAGCGAGUCCAGCGAUGGCGAGCAGGACCAGAAGACUGGAGACGCUGCCACCUGGACCGAGACCAAGGCCAAGAACUUUGGAACCAUGGAGGAUCUUUGUGAGGAUGUGGAAGAGGAAGCAGUGGAGUGCAAACAGGAAUAUUCUGAUGAUAAAGAUGCUGGAGUGGACAAAGUCACCUUAGAAGCCAGUGAGGUUAUUUUGGAUGAAGAUGUGAGGAGCACACCUGUGGUCCUCCAAGAUAUUCCGUACGACGAUGAAGAGAUCGACACGGACAGACUUGUAGAGCUGGAAUUGGAAAACCUCUCCACGGAUCGAUACGCCUCUCACUUUGCUCAGCAGCUGGACAAGGAAAGCGAGGCGGAGCUUCUUGAGGACCAUGAAGAUGAAGCCAUGACAACGGAACAAAAAGAUGACGAGAAAGUAAACUCCUGCAUGAAUACAGAUGUCAAAGUAGAAGACGAUCUGGAAACAAAAGACUUCACAAGGUCUCUGGUGGACUCUCAAGACGUGAAGGAGGACGAGGACAACAGAGUUGCUUCAGAGGCUCCAGGAAGAAAGGAGGAAGACUUUCACUUUAAUGUUUCCAUGGAGACUCAUGCUGGUGAAACCUUUAGUGAGUUCCUCAACAGGACUGCCAUGGUUGAAGAAGUGAUGGAAGGAGAAAUAGAAGAAGUAGUAGAAGAAGAAAUAGAAGUAGUAGGAGAAGAAAUAGAAGAAGUAUUAGAAGAAAAAGGAGUAGAAGAAGAAAUAGAAAAAGUAUUAGAAGACAACCGGGUUGCUUCAGAGGCUCCAGGAAGAAAGAAGGAAGACUUUCACUUUAAUGUUUCCAUGGAGACACAUACUGAUGAAACCUUUAGUGAGUUCCUCAACAGGACUGACAUGGUUGAAGAAGUAAUGGAAGGAGAAAUAGAAGAAGUAGUAAGAGAAGAAACAGAAGAAGUAGGAGAAGAAACAGAAGUAGUAUUAGAAGAAGAAGUAGUAGAAGAAGAAAUAGAAGAAGUAGUAGGAGAAGACACAGAAGAAGUAUCGGAAGAAGACACAGAAGAAGUAUCGGAAGAAGAAAUAGAAGAAGUAGUAGAAGAAAUAAAAGAAUAUGCAGUGGAAUAUGUAGAGGAAGAAGAAAUGGAAGAAGUAUCGGAGGAAGAAAUAGAAGAAGUAGUAGAAAAAAUAAAAGAAUAUGUAGUGGAAGACGGAAUGGAAGAAGUAGUAGAAGAAGAAGUAGUAGAAAAAGAAGUAGGAGCAAAAAAAAUAGAAGAAUUAGUAGAAGAAACAGAAGAAGUGGAAGAAGAAAUGGAAGUAGUAGGAGAAAAAACAGAACAAGUGGUGGAAGAAGUAGUAGAAGAGGAAGUAGUAGAAGAAGAAAAAGAGAACCUAGGAGAGCCAAAGACUGGCCUGGAAAAGCUAGAAGAUCUCAUCCCCAAGGCCGUAGAAGCUACUUCCUGUUUGCCUGAGGAGAACCUAGUAGGAGACACUGCAGGUUGUCUAGCAGCUGAAUGGACCGUCCUGGAGAACCUCAGCAAGGACUUUGACAUCACAGCUCUAAGCGAUGAAGACGAGGCAUGUGGGGAAACUGCCCAGAGUCGUCCUUGCGACAGUGCCACCAUAUUUGAGGCGCAGCCUGUUGAAAUCUCUCCUGAAACGGCGCUCGAGGAGAACGUCAUCAUCGCCGUGAAGGACUCGGCGGAAUUCCUCAAAACAAACGGCAGAGACAAGCAAGAUUUCUGGGCGGCGUCCUUGGAGGACAGCGCCGCUUUCCGAGCAGAUGACGACGCGACAGAGAAUACCAACGUCACGUUUGGCGGCGGACUGGCUUGGGGGAAGGCGGUCAACGGAAGCUCCGCCCACGGACGCACCCCUCAGGAGGGCGGGUCGGUCCAUUCUGAGGAGUCGGAGGCAGAGGGUGGAUGCUGGUCUUCUGGGGACGAGUAGUCUGAUUUGAUUAGCGGUCACAUCGCCCCUUUGUGCUCCUCCGUGUCAUUACAAGCAUUGAGUCUGCUCUUUAAGGGGGGAAUAUAGCAUGUUGGACGUGAAGUUAAAGCUGGAAGACCAAGUUGUGCCUUGGAGCGCACCCUCGUAGCGCAAUACACCAACGUGCCAAUUUCACGUAAAAACAUCAAAUAUUUCACUGCCUUUGACCCUCCUGUGUCCUUCCUCCCGUCCUAAUUAUCCUUCACACUUCUGGAAGGUCCCAAGUUGAAGAUUGAUCUCCAGGAAACAGUUAUUGAUAACAAUAUUGAUCUGUGGCUAAUCAGAUUUCACCUCCUGAGAGAGGAGGAGCAGCUGUUUAUUGAUCAUUCUGUUGAGUUCACGUUUGUUCUUUGUGACCAAUAAAGCUUUUUUUUUUUUGCUUGAUUGAUUGAACCGUUUAGUCUGCGGUCCUUUGAAAUCUGCAAUAAACUUUACGACUGCU